UUAUUUGUUUUGUUGUAUUUUUAUUAUGCUGUAUUUUACAGCUCAUGGUCACUUUAAUUAUGUAGAAAAAUGAUUAUUGAUUAGAAUAUUUACAAUACUUUUUUAUUUUGUAAGAAAACAUACAGGUUUAUUCUGAGUGAAUAAUUACCCUGCUGAAAAAACAGCUUACCAGCAAGACCAGCAUAUGUUUUGGUGCUGGUAUGAUGGUGACCACCAGCUAAACCAGCAUAAUUCCCAUGCUGGUUUGAUGCUGUUUUUUUCAGCAGGGUAAAACAAAAUUUUUAUGUGGAAGAUUUUCUAUUAUAUUUUUUGUGAACAUCUUCAUUUACAUACAAGGUUGUUUAGUCAUUGUAGUCUCGUGUCUUGUAUGACUAUACAGUACAGUACAUAUUUUCAGAACUUUACAUUUAAUGAAGGGUCUGGAUGUGUGAGACUACCAUAGCUAAAAAUGCUUAGGCAAACAUAAAGCAUCUUUAUUUUUAAGAGUGUAACUUAAUGCAGAAACCACAACGUUUGCAUUUGCAUUGUCAGAAUACUUUAUUAGCAAACCAGUAUUACCAAAGCAUCUCAAUACAGAGCCACAAAACAAACAACAGGACUGAAAUAAUGAAGUAGUAUUUCCGUUUUAAAUCAAUAGAGUUUCUUUCUCUUAAAUUCAGUUGAACACGCAUGAGUCAUCUGUGAAGAGCCUGGGCUUUUAUUGGCAGGAGUGGAGAGUUGAUUCACUCGCACAGUCAGGAGAACUGAAGCUCAGAUGGGGAACUGACAGCACACACAAAUAAUCCAGAUAAUACUUUAUCAUCAUUUCAUUUCUGGCGGGAAUAUAAACAACUGCAGGCGCUACAUUGUUACCAGUCGCGGGAAUCAUCUUUUACUUUGUAACAACGCUGUGAAUGGAUACGGAGUUUCUUUUGAAGUAAUGAAGGAGUUUAGUUUUUAGCCGACUGGCUAACUAACAAACCAACAGCGAGACAUGAAGGCUUCGGGUUCAUAUUCAGACCAACAAGUCGUUGAAACAGUAUGACUCAAGUAUUAACAAUUUAAAAAGUUUUAUUUCAGUUUAUUUUUUCGCUCGAUCUGAACAUAUGUGUUGUGAAACACUGGACGCGUUUACAUGUUUUACUGGAGUUUCAGUCUAAUUACAUUUAAACAUUCAAUACUGUCGACAUUCUGGGUCUGGAGUAAAGAAAGAAUGGCAGAGGAACUAAAGGCACUGUGAACUGUUUAAACCUCUCAGCACGUGGAGGAGGCGUCUCUUCCUCGAUUGGCUCACCAUUUACUACAGUAUCUUACAGCCAUGUCAGACAGACUCACAGGUUUCCUGCAAUGAUGUCUGCUCUUUGACGGCUAACGCUGUAGCCUCGUUGUAAUGCUGGCACUCGGAGUGGACCGUGGAAAACGAGGAGGGAAUGCUGUUGCAGGAGGAACAGGAGGGAAACCUGUGGUGGCGCGGCAGUCUGUCGUUACUGUGCGUGAUCCUGGGAUUAGCAUCAAGCAGAAGAUUUCCCAAUGGGAAGGCCUCAGACAAACGGAGGACGUCCAUAAGAUGAAAGUUAAAACCCACAGUCGAAAUCUUUCAGGUGACCUUGUCGGACACGCGUUUAGUGAUGGAGUACGUAACAAAGGAACUUUGUCGAAAGUUAAAAGUCUGGGUUUGGAUUUCAGGGAAUGCAAGGUGUCUCAUAAACCAGUUGUUGAUGGACUCCACUGGGAUCUACCAAGAACUCGAACCCAUGUUAAUACAUUGGUAACAUCAACUUCUCCAACAAAACCUGUGACCAGUUUGACACAAGUCCAGUCUCCGGUUAAAACCCACUCUCGUUCUCGUUCAGCCGACCUUGUUGGAAACGGUUUUGAGUGCAAUAGAAGCGAUGAAGUACGUAACAAAGCGAAAGUUAAAACCCUGGGUUUGGAUUUCAGGGAAUACCAGGUGUCUCAUAAACGGGUUGUGGAUGUCCACUCUGUUUUGCCAAGAAAUCAUUUGAAUAAAUUUGUAACAGCAACUCCUGCAACUAAACCAGCGGCCGAUGUCCAGUUCCCUGUCACCAAACAUGUUAAAAGCAAUCAUGCUAAGGCGAACAACUUUGCAGAAGUUGAAAUUACGUCUCUACCUCAUUGUGUGGACGACCCAGAGGCAUCGCUGCCUCCCGGGAACUUUUAUACUUCCAGGGGUUUCUGGAAAAGACUGGAGAAAGAUGAACCUUUCUGGGAGAAAGAAAAAAAUUCCCAAGCUGUGACCAAGUGUCUUGAUGAAAUGAGACCCUAUCCCCAGAACUUGACUUCUCCUCCACCUAAACCACAGCGAACAUUCCAGUAUAAGGGUGUGAACAGUCCACCGGGCCAGUGGAUCCAGUUGGAGAAUCAGACUAAAUCAGUCGGUAAAUCCAACCAAGCGCGGAGGAAUGACAUCACACUAAAGCCACCCAGCUGUCCGCCGCCUCCUUGUCCAGUAAACACCAUCAGCGGAAUUUCCAGAAACAGAAAGAACAGAAAGUCAUUUGAGUUUGAGGACGUGGUACGGCUGACAUCCCAGCAGGCUUCCAGAGAAAAGGAGGGAAUGCGUUCUGGUCUUUUCCACGCCCUGUCUGAGGACAGCAUCUAUGAGGACAUCAUCUUGGACAUGUCAAGAGAGAGCCCUUAUGAAGACAUCAAACUCUCGCCCAUGUGUUUACCCAUAAGACGGCCACGACAUUAUACAGUUGGACAAAGUCAAAGCCCACAUAUGAAGAUCUCACCGAAACCCUUCACACUACAGGCGAAUGGUGACCGACUGCAGGACAACAGAGAACCUUCAUCUACUCGUCCCUCUUCUGCAACCACUCCUAAAUCAUCCACGACUAAACCUGCUGCUGUGUACAAGACACACAGACAACCCUCGAUUGUAAAUUGGAUCCAGGAAAUCUUCGAGGCCAGAAGAGGACGGAAACGUGUGUGGGCAACAGCAAGCAGAGAUGAAUUAAGUGGAACGGAGAGUGAUCCAGAGGAGACCUCUAAAGGUCGCUCCCAGCGAACAGUCUACGUUCAGUCAACGUUAAAACGACGGCCGGGCUACCGCACUUUAGAGCGAGAUCUGAUUCAGCUUCAAGAGCAGAAACUUUUCCAGCAGUUUGUUGUGGUGUCACUUAGAAAAAGUUCCCCUGGAAACACUUACACACCAGAAAUCACGCAACAGUUCCCUAGAAAGUUUGAGAAGUCUUCUCGAUUGUCUCGUGAGGCUGAGGACAGAUUGAAGGCCAUUCCCAAGUUCUGUUUUCCUGACUGCCAGGACUGGCGUCCCUCCUCGGAUCACACCAGUGAAACGUUUUCAUUUGUCCUCACGGGGGAAGAUGGCAGUCGCUUAUUUGGGUAUUGCCGCAAAAUCCUGCCCAGUGGGAAAGGGAAGAGACUGCCUGAAGUUCACUGCAUCAUCAGUAGACUGGGCUGCUUCAAUCUCUUCUCAAAGAUCUUGGAAGAGGUGGAGAGGAGGAGAGAGAUUUCUCCCGCUUUGGUUCAUCCUUUUAUGCAAAGUGUCAUGGAAGCACCUUUCCCGGCUCCUGGACGCACAAUCUCCGUCAAAAGCUUUUUACCGGGCUCUGGGAAUGAAGUUUUGACUCUGUGCAGGCCGGUGGACUCACGCUUGGAGCACGUGGAUUUUGAAAGCUUGCUUCAGUGUCUGAGUGUCACUACGCUCCUGCAGGUCUUUGCUUCUCUGCUGCUGGAGAGGAGGGUCAUCUUCAUCGCAGACAAACUUAGUGUCUUAUCUCGAUGUGCUCACUCGGCCCUGGCACUGCUGUAUCCGUUUACCUGGCAGCACACUUUUGUGCCCGUGCUUCCGGUUAACAUGCUGGACAUCUGCUGCUCUCCCACACCCUUCCUCAUGGGGGCGUUGUCACCGUCCCUGCCUCAAGUUUUGGAUAUGCCCAUUGAAGAGGUUCUCAUUGUGGAUUUAUGUGCGGACAAAUUUGUCGUUCAACUCGGAGAUGAAGACUGUAUCUUACCCAGAAAGCUGCAGGCAGCGCUUCAGGAGAUACUGGACAACAGGCACGAGAUGUUAGAUCAAAAUUCAAGAGACAAGAGAGAAGAUGAGACCGAGCUGAGCACAUUGGUGUCAGAAGCAUUUGUUUGGUUCUUUGUUGAGCUGGUCGGACAUUAUUCCCUCUACAUGAGUGACGGAGGGCCUGGUGGUGCACGAGAGCUUCAGAGAGACGCUUUCCGGAAAUCUCAUCCUUCCCGAGGAGUGCGACAGUUCCUGCAGCUCUUCAUGGACACACAGAUGUUUGCCGGGUUCAUUCACGAUCGGGAGCUCAGAAAAGGAGGUGUAAAAGGGCUGUUUGAAGUUAGAGCUGCAGAAUAUCUAAAUUCCUAUCCUGAAACUGAACUCAGUGGAGUCAACAGAUUUCUCAAGGGCCUUGGAAACAAAAUGAAAUUCUUGCAAAAGAAAUAAAACACCGUCCGAACGGUCCGAAGUCUCAACGUCAAGUAUGAACGGCCUUUUUUGCAAGCAUGUGAUGACUCAACCAGAUUCUCACAGUUCCUGUCCCAUAGAGAGACUCAUGGGUGGAGAUGAGGUCAAAACUAGAAGACUGAAAUCAGCUGGCUCCACCCUGAAAACUCUUUGGCUUGGAUUUGCUGUGCCAUCGGGGAAGAGGAAAAGGCUGGAAAUGAGUUUUUAAGCAUAAGGAGGAAGAAAGUCGACUGAAUUAGACCUAGCAGGAAAUAGAGAAGGAUAUUAUUGUUACUUUGAUAAAUAAGGAAAAUAAACGGAUUGAUUGUGAGCAGUGGUUGGGUUAACAGCCAUUACAGAUGUCGUACACUUAACCUGUUAUUGUUUAUGUAUUGUUUACUAAAAGUUUUUAUUAUUUCAGACUGAAAGAAGUCCAAAUGGAAGCAUUUUGUGGUUUAAAAGAAAAUAUAAUGAAGUAUGGAUUAUAUUACUCUUAAAAGAAUAAAUGUAGGAUUCCUCAGUUGCACAGUUAAAUGUUAAAACAAUGUUUUGCUUUUUUUUAUUAAAUACCAAUGUACAUUUUUAAUGGCAGAGAAAUUGUUCAGUCUUUUGCAUUUUGUACAGUUUUCAAAUAUUUUAUGUAACAAGACCGUUUGUAACAUCUGAAAAUAAAAAUAUUUUAUAUGCAUUUUAACAACUGUAUCAUCAUUAAAAAAUGUAAAAUGUGCCACAAAAUUAACACGUACCAGCAAAGAAAGUGUACUCAGGUGUAUACGUAUCAUACAUUUACACUGACAAAAAUGACUUU